GGCCGGCUAUACACGAGCUUGAUCCUCUCCGCAUACCAACAACAUGUCCGUGGCACGAGCAGCGCUGCUCGUCCGUCCAAAGCCAGCAGCAACACAUAUCCUGCAACGGAGAUUCGCAUCCCAUGACAGUCAUUCGCACGAGCACCACGACGAGCACCAGGAUGCCACGCAAUACCCGCGCGAAGCUGGCUUCAACACUCCUUUCUGGCGCAAUACAUUCCUGCUCUCGCUCGCUGUAGUUGGGUUUUAUAAAUACGCCCCGGCGCCCGGUGAAGAUGUCUAUCUCACGCGGUACCUUGCUCAUUACGGGACACCUAGUGAAAUCUGGGCUAGAAUCAACGAAAAGCACUUGCUUUUGUCGCAGCAGAUCUCGGACAAUACGAUACUGCAGACGGAUGCAAAAAGACCCAAUCUGCAUCGGUAUAGACACCCUCAAUCCUUAGAUGCGGGCUCGUCGCAUCUGCAAUCAGUGGGAACUGGUGUCGACAUGAGCUCUGUUACUGUGAAGACGGCGAGCGAAUAGACAAGUAGACGCGAAGGUACUCAUUAGAAGGAUAGUCUGCAGUCGGGUCUAGAGGGAGUGGUGGACAUGAACAAUACCGUACUUGUUUUCCAUCUGGAGCGCUGCUGCACAGACAGGGCAGUCAGAAUAAUGUGACAUGCGUUUGUUUGCUUAGA